CCUCUGGGUUUCUUCCAGAAGCUUGGAGCGCGGCAACCAGCACUUUCAUGGCGGAAGAGAAACUUAAAUCGAAAACACCACUUAGUUUUCGCUUCCUCACUCUCUCGUCUCUGGGCUUAGUUCCUGUGUUUGUUUGUGUUCGGAGACAUGGAUGACCGACAGGAGGAGCUUAGUCCGCGGCAGGAGCAAUCUCCGUCGCUCGACGAUUGCCUGAAGCUGUUGAAGGGCGAGAGGGACGAACAGAGACUUGCUGGUCUGCUUCUGGUCACCAAGUUCUGCCGGAACGAUGAUAUCGUCUCUCUCAGGAAGGUGUACGACGCCGUCGGUGCUCGGUUUCUCGAUCGACUUCUUCGCACUGGUCUCGGUAAAGGAUCUGGAAGCGAUGGAAAUGAUAAUCGUGAUGCGUAUCUGCAGCUAUCUGUCACUGUUCUUGCUGCAUUUUGUCGUGUUCCUGAGAUAGCUUCUUCAGAAGAGAUGGUCUCAAGACUUCCCUUGAUUCUGGAAAUAAUGUCGAAAGGACCAGGUUUACCUGUAAUUGAAGAAUGCUAUGAAAUUUUGUAUUUGGUCUCCACUUCUCGUGAAGAUGGUGUUUUGACACUGAUCAACUCAGGGGGCUUGAGAGUGAUAGCUCCCCAAAUGUCCAAUCUGCAUGAUGGCUCACAUGCCAUGGAACUUGCUAUCAAGAUUCUGCAGUUACUGGUCAGUAAGCUUUCUGGUGAGAGCAUGAAUGUUGAACGUCUAUUACAACUGUCUUUGGUGGUGGCUGCAGUUUCUCGGCAGUUUGCAGUGUUGCAUAAUGCGUUGAAGUUUGAAGCGCUCCAUCUACUGUCUGCAAUUUUGUGUUCAGACUAUUCUGCACUUCUUCAUGAACCUCUUCGCUCUAUGCCAGAGACCAAUUGGACCGACUAUAUGCGUGCUGGUGUUGUGGCAAUCCUGCAGAACCGAGUUGCACCUGCUGAAAAGCUUCAUGCUCUGAUUCUGGCUGAGAAUAUGAUGACAAUAAUGGACGAAAAAUGGCUGAUCGGUCGGGUGAAAUUACAUAACGUUGAGGAACAUCUUCCAGAUGACAGGUGUCUUCUGCUUGUGUUAGAGUCAUCGAGGGUCGAAAUUGCCGUGUUGUUGAAUGAACUCGCCUACUCGAAAUACGAAGCCCCUAAAAAUACUUCAACCGCUGAAAACGUUCUCUUAAAGCAGCGGCAUCUGGCCAUCUCGUUUUCUCUGGUAGAAAAGAUCAUCAAGUUCAUAUCAAGUGCUUGUGAGAAUGAAGGUAUCCUAACUGAUGAAACCAUCUUCCCGAAGGUGAUUAAGUCGCUCAAUGAGACAGUUGGUGUGGUUCUUGAGUAUUUGAAAGAUGCAAAGGAACGUGGGCAGAAGAAGGGAAACGAUCUUAUUGCUUCUGUACGGCUUGUUGGAAGCUACCUUGCUGAAACACCGAUUGCGUGCAAAGAGCAGGUCCAAGAUCUUUUGCUUUAUAUGCUUUCAGUGGAAGGAGAAGAUGAAUCAAGCAGCCCGUUUAUGUCUACAUGCUUCUUGCUCCCGAUGCUUUGCCAAAUCACAAUGAAAACAGAGGGAUGCAAAGUCUUGGCUGCUUCAGGAGGUUAUAAAGCUGUCGUGGAGUGUCUGAUAAAAUUAAUCCAGCCCGGUGAUCAAGACGUCGAUGAUAAUGGCUGCAUAUUCUUGGCUUGUGAUACAGUCAUGAAUCUUCUUUUGAAGGGAGAAGAAAUACGUUUUUCGCCCGAUGAAUGUACAUUUUCCAGGCUAUUGAAAGCCUUGGCGUAUUGGGCAGAUCAUAGUAACGAUCCGUCGGUGGUUAUAAUGGCUGCAAGCAUCUGUUCUCUGAUAUUUGAUUUCACAUCUGAAGAUGCUUUACUCAAGCAACAAAACUUCGACAGCAGCUCCUUGGAUAUUAUUGCUCGGAUUCUUGCAAGGAGUUUGUCCUCAUGGAGACAGGAUGUGUCUGAGAAUGUUAAAGCAGAAACAGAUCUUCUUGAAAUUAUUACAGCAGGGUAUUCCCGGUGGGCGGAUCGGUUCCCCGCCGUAAAAAGAACGGUGGAACGAUGAUGAAUUCCGAAAAAUGUCGAAACCCGUAAAACGGUUAUAUGUAAGCUUUGCUUAUCAUUUUUUUUUGGUUAAAGGUUGUCUAGCAUUUUUACACUGUCUGAUCAUGUAAUGUUUACAAAAGACAUAAUCUUAAUGGGCAGUCCUAUAACAAUCGCAUUUUAGCUAAA